GCAUGCAUGAAUAUUGUUGUAGAAAUGAUAUUAGUUUGAAGAAAACACAUUCGACGGCACAGCUCUUUUAAAAAUUAUAUGUAUUUCGUUUCACUAACAUUUUUCCACUUAGUUAUUGAAAGUAAUUUAUAGCGACUCUUUUUUGUAGUAGUCAAAUUGCCGGAUGAGGAUAAAUUUCGCAUUUACGUUUCCUAGAUUUUCCGGUCGCCAUUUGCAAGUUGCAAAUUGCACCAGAGCACUUAAAAUUCUUACUUCUACUGCAAUCCAUGUUCUAUGUUAGCGUAAUCGGCUUUCUGUCGUUUUUUGGAGUUUCACAAAAUUUAUUUUUUCACUAACGAUGUGCAGUAUUACUCGUUUUAAAUUUACUUAGUAAUUGAGACACCGAAACGUAUUUUUCAUUAAUUUAUAACGGAACCGAACAACUCACUAUUGUCGCGUAAGCGUUUAGUCGGAAGGACAUUAAUUUUAAACCGCAUUACCGACGUGCCGUUUGUGUACUUAGGUACCUGUUUUAACAAUAUUUCGCAGAAAAAUCUCCGUUUCGAAGGAUAAAAUUGAAUAGAAAAUACAUAAUAUUGGUCUUUAAAGUGUGUGCUUUAAAUAUUAUUGCUGAUUUUUAUUAAAUAUGAAUUUUAAUAUCAACUAUAGCUUCAAUUAACUCAAACUAAAUCUUCAUUAACAAAAUUUAUGUAUACCCAACACCCUGUGCUGCAACUGUCAAAAACUCGCUGUGUUUAAUCGUGAAUGUUUAUGUUGUCAUAGCAAUUUGUAAAUUUUACGUGUCUUUUAUGUUUGUGGUCCAUUUAUUAUUAAAAGAUACAAAUAUGUUAAAAUAUUUUUUAUUAUUAAUAGCUUUAUGUGCUUGCACUACUUACGCUGAAUUCACAACGCAGGAUUGUCGUGAGCUCGGCUUCAUCAAGGCACAACUAAUGUGUUCAUCUUGUGAAAAAUUAGAUGACUUCGGUUUAGAGGCGAUUAAGACACAUUGCAAAGAAUGCUGUACGCCUGACAAACAACCGGCCGUACAACGUCGCUGGCCAAAAGCCAUACUUGAAGUAUGUACUUGUAAAUUCCGUGCAUAUCCACAAAUUGAGGCUUUUAUUAAGAGUGGUCGACCGGCGAAAUAUUCAAAUUUGCAAAUUAAAUACAUGCGUGGUCUCGAUCCCGUAGUCAAGUUAUUAGACUCUAGCGGUAAUGUACAAGAAACAUUAUCAAUUACCAAAUGGAAUACAGAUACCGUAGAUGAAUUCUUCGAAACACAUCUGGAGAAGCCAGCUGGCAAAAAUAGUGGGAAAUCGGCUUACAGUGUGGUGGAGGAGGAAGAUAACGAUUACCUUGAAACAAAUAGAAUUUAGUGACCACUGAUAUAAUAGCUUGUUUAGCAAAAUUUUCCACAUCUAAUUAUGUUUAUAUCAUACAUCUUAAAAUUAAAAGUGUUUAUUUUAAUAGUUAACUGGAAUUUGAUAAAAAUCUGUGUGUACAUACAUAAGAAAACAGUUGAUAGUCUUAAUAUUAGUAGUGAAAUUUCUGUUGCUUACGUAUAUAUAGAAAAUUAUACUCAAUGUUUUUUGUAAACUACCUCAGUUUCAGAUUGUCAAAAAUUUAUAGCAAAAGUUUAUGUUUUUAAUAUUCAAUGUCCACUCAAUUUUUACUAUAAAAUCAAUUUUUCUGAAAAUUUUCCAAAGUUAUUUUCCAUCUCAGUCCAUCAAUGUACAUAUAUGAAUUUUAAUAGAAAU